AUUUAUUUAUAUUUUACAGUAUUAUUCUCGAUAUUUUAUCGAAACAGCAUCCUUUCAAAAACUUAAAAGAGAAAGCUAUUAAAUCAAGAGCACUAUAUAAUCUAUGUAAAAGUAUGUUAGAGUAGACGAAAAACAGAAUAAAAUUUAAGAAAAAAGAAAUGAUAUUUUAGAAUGUUUAAUUUCUGUAUUAGAGAACGUACGCAGAUCAUAAUUGUUAGAAUAUGAAUAUAGAAUAUAAAGAUAAAUAAAUAAGAAAUAUUUUAUUUAGUUUAAUUUAAGUUUCAUUUUGAUUAAGGUCCUCAUUCAAUAUGAUAAAUAGCAUUAGAUCCAUUAUUAAUGUUUUUCGUUUUUAAUAAUUCAAUAUAAAUAAUAUACUAUUGAGUACUUUUUGGAGAGUUUUGGACUUCUCGAUUUAUUCAACAGGUUACUUCAUAUUAUAUUCAAAAAAUCUAGGUCAUGCAUCUGAUCAUGACAUAAACACUUGCAUUAAACAUAUAGUUUAACAAAGUUCGUUCAGAAGUUAUACGCUGUUGACAGCGUUUCGUAAAACGCUUACUAAUCGUAAGCUAUUUGUUUUAUUGAAUGUAGCCAAUGUCUUUUCUUAUACAUUGUAAGAUAGUGAUAUGUUAUUUUUUUAUAUGUUACUUUGGACUCUUUCGAAAGCACAAGUGACUUCAACAUCAAUUUCGAUAAAUAUUAUCAAAAAUUUAAUGUGUACUUUAAUUUUUUAUAUAACACGUAACUUUAUACGUAAGAUAAUUUUUUUUUAAACUUAUCAUACGAAACCAUUUUGAUAUGUUUUUUGCAUAUUUAAUUUAGUAAAUUAAAUUAAUAUCUAUAACAGUAUUUUUUGUAAUAAAAUUAUAUGGAAAAGUUCAUUUCUAUUAAAAAAUAUAGUAUUUCCCACUUAUUCUGUUACACCCUGUAUGUAUGCACUUGCUUUCUAUUCUUUAUCGUUUGUGUAUGUAGUGAAGCAUAAAGCUUCUAGCUAGGUUUGUGACUAGGUUCAUUUGUUAGAUUUCGAUAAUGGAGAAGACACGUAAUCUCGAAUGUUUUUGGAGAGACGAUAAACAUCCACAUUGUGCACAUGGCCCAACUGUGUUGUUCGGAAAAUAUAUUGAUGGUACGUUGGAACGAUUUUAUGUUUGUUCCGCUUGUCGUGACAGAAAAUUAUGUCGAUUUUAUUUAAAAUAUGGAGAAAAAUUAACUAAAUUGCAACAAGAUAUAUGGGAAAAAGAGAAAAAGAAAAUUGCUCAAAGCUACAAUCACCAGAAAUUAUUUAUACGUUUCAAUACGUUGUUGGCUACCAGUCCAAAUAACCGGUCUUAUUGUCAUGAUUGUGAAAAACUGAUUUUUAUAAAUGAAAGAAACAAACAUAAUGAUCAUCUGACAAUGGUAGGUUUAACGGAUUAUCAAAUGCAUCAUCCAACGGAAGUUCUUAAACCUUUGGAAAAUUCCAAAAAGGAAGCUCAAUAUCUUUUUUCUAAAAAAUCUGUAAAAGAUAUAAUAAACAUGUUAUUAGAACUCAAAGCUAAACAAGUUAUUUGCAUUGGUGCUCCUAGGAUACAUGAAUAUAUUUCUCAAAACUUGGAGGAUAAAUUGUCAUCUCUACUUCUUGAUAUAGAUGGGAGAUUUCAUAAUUUUCUUAGCCCUUUAAGUUAUGGAUGGUACAAUUUAUUUAAUCAUUAUUUUUUCAAUGAAAAUGCUCAGUUUGUAUUCGAAGAUUUCCUUACUCAAAACAAAGGUAAAGAUUUAUACUUAAUAUGCGAUCCACCAUUUGGUGGCCGUGUAGAACUUAUAUCUCAAACUAUAAAGAAGAUUUCUGAUCUUCAUAAGAAGCUAAACAAAGUUGAGGGCAACAAUGAUGAUUUGAAGAUUAUGUUUAUAUUUCCGUAUUUUAUGGAAUUUAUUAUGAGGGAAAAAUCAAAUCCACCUUCUGUUACUGGUGGUUUAAGAGACUUAAAAAUGUUAGAUUACAAAGUAGAUUAUGAAAAUCAUCCACUUUUUAAAACAGACUCUACUGGAAGAAAAUAUGGAUCACCAAUAAGAAUAUUUACUAACAUACCUUUAAGUUUAUUAAAACUUCCUGUAUCUGAUGGCUAUAAAUAUUGUAAGAAAUGUCAAAAGUGGGUUUCUAGUGAAAAUAAACAUUGCAAGAAAUGUAAAGAUUGCACUUCUAAAGAUGGAAGAAGAUACAAACAUUGCAAUUUAUGUGAGCGUUGUGUUAAACCAUCUUGGAAGCAUUGCAAUAUUUGUAAAAGGUGCCUCUUAGAGAAACAUAAAUGCAAUAAUAAACCUAAAAUUUCAGGAUGUUGUUUUAAAUGUAAAAAAUUAGGUCAUACAAACAAAAAUUGCGAAGCUAGUAAUGAUAAACCAAUAGAAAAAUUGGAAAACUUUGGGAAACGUAAGAUUAAUGUUAAUGAAGAUAGUAUUGUAAUUAAAAAGAAAAAGAAAAGUACAAGUACUAGUAUUAAUUUUAAUGAAAAUUCAAGUGAAUUAUUGAUAAGAAAAAGGAAGGUUAAAAGUAAAGAAUCAUUAAUUAGUGAGAAAACAACAGACAAUAAAGUUGCUAAUAUCAAGAGAAGAUACGUAAUAAGACAACAGAAAUUAAUGACUAGCUAUAAAUUUAAAUCUCCAAUUCUAAAAAGAUUUAACAGAUUAAUAAAAUUAAGACAGACUAAACUAUGUGCAACACAUGUGAAUAAUAAAAUAGAUUGAAGUUUUAUUUCCGAACAAUGCUGAAUGUCUAAGUACAUUUUCUCGAGUUUGAGACCAGUAAAAGGAAUACUAUUCUUUAUAAGAAUAUGCGUACGCAGAUUUCAUCUCCAUAAUCCGUAGAGUGCUUUAUUGU